AGAAUUUUUUUGUUUUCUUUUUAUUUUGGUUAAUUGUUAAUCUAUUUUUAGAAUAUUAAUUUAUUUUUUUUUGUUCUUUUGUGUGUUUUGUUUGUUUAACUAUUUGGACUAAAAUGGUGGUCAUGGAUCUCGUUAAAUACAAUUCAAUCUGUGAGGAAUACAAGAGAUUGAGAAAAUGUCUCAAUGCUGUUCACUUGCAGGAUGUUAUUGAUCAAUUAAUUGUUAAAUAUUCUGUUGAAGGAAUACCUGAUUCUGUAAUUAAAUGUAUAGUUGCUUAUAUUCACCAGUGGGAAACUAAAUUGAAAGUAGGUCGAAUUGAUUGGAAUAAAGCUUAUGCUGAUUAUAAACAAGGCAAAGAAACAAUUAUCUCCACCUCAAUGAAUUUGGAUGUAAGUCCAACUAUUGUUGCUAAAAAGUUUCUCCUCAAUUUAACUGACAAAUCAUCAGUUAAAUUGUGGUUACAAGAUUCAUCAAAUAUUCCUGAUGGUAAACUGGCGACUGAUGUGAUGACCGCUCAAUAUUGUGAUCCAAUUUUCGGUCAAAUUUCCAAUUGUAUUACGACAAAUGCUGGUGAAUUAUUCGAAAGUGAAAUAGCAACAAUUCUUAAGCGAGCCAAAGUUUGUUAUUCAUCGGAAAAUAGCCUCAGAACGAAGGAGUUUGAUGUUACUCCUGAUUUCAAAUUGAAUAUUCCAUUGGCCAUUGCUGUUUCUCGAGAUUCCAAACGAGCCUUUAUCCUUCCACCGAUUUCUCUUCCUUUAUGUCAAUUGUGUUCAUCUGAUGAUAAAACAGAUUCACAGCGAAUUGUUGUCUGUUGGAUUGAAUGUAAAGCUCUUUUCGCUUCACCCCAAUGCCAUAAGGAUUACCUUAAAUACCAAUUGAGCUCUUAUGCCAACAGGUUCGGUCGAGGUUUAAUUUUGUAUAAAAAUGGCUUCGUCAAGAGUAUUCUUGAUAAACAUCCGAAAUUGACCAUAGUCCAAGAAUUGGUUUAUCAUGAAUGUGGAGACCCCGAUAAGUUUUCGGAUCUCUGAUCACUCGUAAAACUAAUUUUAAUUAAUAACAUUGAUUGAUGGGACAUCAAAUGAUCAUCACUUCAUUUAUUUACCAUCGACUCACCAAAUGGUCAAUUGAAUUAAUUUUUUUAUUUUUGAUUUAUUAAUUCCUGUUCAUUAAAUUAACUUUACAAAAAAGCCUGUCAAAGGGCUUAAGACUUGAUAACAAUCAACUCAUUCAAUCUAUAUUAAAAUUUCUGUGUAAAUUUUUCUAAAAUGAUGAAA